AUGCCAGUGACGAGGAGCGAUAAGGGCUCAGAGAGGAGGGAGUCGACACCCGUCGGUACUGCCAAAGCAUCGGCACCAGUCGUUCCUGCGACCUCGGAGCGUCGGGUACAAGAGACGGCCGCUAUAAGAGCGGAGAGACCCGCAUCGAGACUACGAGUCGCCCCGGAACGGGACGAACCUAUGGAGUCGUCAACAGAGCCGACGACCGAAGCGACGACCACUACAACAAGCUACGAGACAACAAUUACGGAGACGACGAAAAGGCCAGAUGAUGACUCCAAGACUAGGACGGCCAAUCGAAGUCGGGCAGCCUCCGUCCGCUGCGACCAGAGCCAGGCUGGAGUUAUUACAGCUGGCCGGACGGACGCUGAAGACCCGCAGAAUAAAGAGGCGGACGUCCGUCAGUGGCUAGAAGAGACCGCCGAUACCGUGUCCCCGAAGGAGCACGAUGCCCACGCGUUCCCGAAGGAACUUAUGGAAACUCCCGAGAAAGAGUGUAUCCAAACGCAGUCGUCCGCAGCGGUCAAGCCAGACCAGCAACCCGCCGGAGCUAAGGACCUGGCGGAAGCUAUCAUACGGGCGAUUCAAUCCGUACCGAAGGGAGGGACUCCAGUGCCAGCUUACGUGACCGAGUUACCAUUCUUCGACGGGGCCAUCGAUGAAUGGCUUGCCUUCAGGACAGUGUAUGAAGACACGGAAAAGCUAUUUUAG